AUGAGGCUACGCACUCGACACUCCCCUCUGUUCCUCCUCCUCAUCCCGUCCCUCGUCGCGGGUCUCAGCAUCGAAACCAAGGACAAGAAUGGUGCCAAAGCUGUGGUUUCGACCGACAAGUCGGUCGAUUCGACCGCUGGCUCCGGUGUCAAGACCAGGUUUGGCACCGACCAUGCGCCUGUCGACGGAAAGGACGGUAUGCCUCACGAGGGUCCUUUCGUCGACCAGGACAGAGACGCCAAAAAGGAGGCCGCCGACACGGACACCAACAAGAAGGAGCUGCCUCCCUUGAAGGGACGCCCAUUAGACCCUACCGUCGUCGAUGGCAAGAAGAUCCCCGAGACCAACGAUGGUGUCAUGAACGACAAGACACGCCAGAAGCCCAAGGAGGGCACUACGGGCACCGAGGGAGGAGUCAGCGAGAAGGACAAGGCGCGAAAGGCGGCCGAGGGGAGAACAGGCGAAAAGCCCGACAACAAGCCUGCGGCGCCCAAGGAGCUGCCUCCUCUGCCUCACAGCGAGCAUGAGAAGCUUGUGAACGACAAGGAUGCCGCCACCAAAGACAAGGAACACGACCAUGAUCACCACACUGUCGACGAGAUCGCCGGUCUCGAGAAACCUGCAGGUCUCCCGGACAAGCUCGACGACAAGCCUCACCCUCUUCCCAACUCGGCGCACAAGGACCACUUGGACCUGCCCAAGUCCAAGGGCAAGUCAUCCUCGGGUCUCGACGACACCGAGGGCGUCAUCCAGCCCUUCCAUUCUUUCGUUCUGUCCCUGACCAUGAUUCUCGUCUCCGAGGUUGGCGACAAGACGUUCCUUGUUGCUGCGCUCAUGGCGAUGAAGCAUGACCGGAUGGUUGUCUUCUCUGCUGCCUUUGGCGCGCUCUUGGUCAUGACCGUUUUGUCUGCCGUCCUCGGCCACGCGGUGCCUACUCUGAUUCCCAAGCGCGUGACUAGCUUCCUCGCCGCCGGUCUUUUCUUCGUGUUCGGCGCAAAGCUGCUUCGCGAAGGUCUGGGCAUGGACCCCAAUGAGGGUGUCACGGCCGAGCUGCACGAGGUUGAGCGAGAGCUGGCCGAGAAGGAGAAGGCGGGCAAGCGUCGUGGCUCCGCCGUCUCCCCCUACGCCUUGGAGAUGGGUCUAAACGGCAGCAGGAAGUCUAGGUCUAAGAGCCGCUUCCCCUCGCCCCCGCGCUCUCCUUCUCAGUCCCCGCCCCGCAGCCCUUCUCCUGGCUCGGGUGGCAUUAGGGGCUCUCUGCAGGGCCUGAACAACCUGCUCGGCCUCCUCCUGAGCCCCGCGUGGGUGCAGACGUUUGUCAUGACCUUCCUCGGCGAAUGGGGCGACCGCAGCCAGAUUGCCACGAUCGCCAUGGCCGCUGGUCAGGACUACUGGUGGGUCAUCCUGGGAGCUAUGGUCGGCCACUGCAUUUGCACCGGCGCCGCUGUCAUUGGCGGCCGUGCCAUCGCAGGACGCGUUAGCCUCAAAGUUGUCACCGUCGGUGGUGCCGUUGCCUUCCUUGUAUUCGGCUUCAUCUACUUCUUCGAGGCUUUCUAUGCGUGA